AUGUUUCGUGCUCGCCGAUACCGCGUUUUAUUCGUAUUCGCGGCGGCUUUCCUCCUCGCAUUCUUCCACUUUGCGCGGUCACGCGACUGGACAAAUACAGUCGUUGAAGAGUCCAUUGGCAUCCACCCACCCAAUCCUGCCUAUGCAAACCCAAACACAAACCAACCCGCAACCACAAAGCCUCAGAACCCGGCUGCCGCUGCCGCCAUCGAGGCGAGCAAGAACCGGGUGCUUCCCGAUCCCAACCGCGGCUCAGGCACCCAACAACCUUCAACCGGAAAGUCGAACUCGCCGGUGGGGCCCAAUAGCGCCAAAAAUGAAGCCUCCAGGUACAAAGAUGAUCACACAGAUAAGCCGGUGAAAGCGACCAGCGAGGAUGCCGGGAAAGAGUCUGCAAAGGACUCCGUGAAGGACGCGGCGAAGGCGGGGAGCGCUGUCACAUUAUCCCCACCGAAGACAGAAGAUGUUAGUGGUAGUGCGACUGGGGAGGAGGCUGAUAAUGGAGGGACUGGCAGGAAGGCAGUGGAGCGCCCUCAGUCCGGCAUUGCAGCAGCCAAAUGGAGGAAGUUCCCACAGCGGUUCCCCGUCCCCGCAGCGGAGGUGAUCAAACUGCCAAAGAUACAGGCGAAGACGAUUCCUAAGCUGCAAGCCAAGUUCAAGGAUGAGUCGAGCUCAGAUAAGCAAGAGCGUCUACAGCGCCUUAGCACUAUCAAGGGUGAGUUCAGACAUGCUUGGCAGGGUUAUAAGGACAACGCGAAGGGACAUGACGAACUCAAGCCUCUAUCGAAGUCAUUUGAGGAUCCUUUCAAUGGAUGGGGUGCGACACUGGUUGAUUCUCUUGAUACCCUUUGGAUUAUGCAAUUGAAGGAUGAGUUCUCUGAGGCUGUCGAUGCGAUCAAGAAUAUCGAUUUCAAGACGUCGAUGAGAGCGGAUAUACCGGUGUUUGAGACGACCAUCCGCUACCUUGGAGGCCUUAUUGGGGCCUAUGACAUCUCUGGACAGCGAUACUCGGUGCUUUUGGAGAAAGCCGAGGAGCUCGCCGAGGUUCUCAUUGGCGCUUUUGACACACCUAACCGCAUGCCGCAUCUUUACUAUCGCUGGGCCCCAGAGCAUGUCGCGAGACCGCAUCGGGCAUCUUCCCGAGCUGGCCUGGCUGAGAUUGGAUCACUGUCCCUGGAAUUUACUCGCUUGGCUCAGUUGACCAAGGAAGACAAAUAUUACGAUGCCAUCGCACGGAUUACCAACGAAUUGGAAAAAAUCCAAGAUACAACAAGUAUCCCUGGACUGUGGCCUGUACGAGUCAAUGCACAGGGAUGCCCAAAGUACUCGAAGAGCACUCCGCGCGACAGCGCCUCCGAGCGCGGGCAAUAUCCCGCCAGUCCAACCAAGAGCAUCGUGACGACGACCAGCAAGGCCUACGCUGCUCCAACAGACAUUGAGAGCUAUCUGAACCUAAUCCCACGUGACACGAACGCUGAUUUGGAAGCACGCGCCCGACGUGUCAAUGAUACUCAAGUUGCGAGUGCAUCUGUAAUGCAGGCCCGCGAGCAAAUUCAGCUACCGGCAGAGUUAUGCAAUGGCGGCUUGGGGCUUCCCAAUUCGCCCCGGGAUAAUGUGUACACUAUGGGCGGAAUGGCGGACUCGACCUAUGAAUACUUGCCCAAGGAGUACCUACUCCUGGGUGGUGCCAACGAGCAAUACGAGAAGAUGUACAUGAAGGCCGUCACCGCAGCCCGCAAGAACCUUCUCUUCCAGCCCAUGGUGAAAGGAGGAAGUGACAUCCGGUUCAUGGCCUCCACUAAGCCAUUGACACCGGGGAAGGCCGCAGAGCUCACCUCCACUGAUUUCGAGUACGAAGGAACUCACCUCACAUGUUUCAUCGGUGGCAUGUUUGCCAUAGGUGCCAAGGCGUUUGGCAUCGACGGUGAUCUGGAACUUGCAGCUAAACUGACCGACGGUUGUGUUUGGGCUUACGAGUCGACCCAAACUGGAAUGAUGCCUGAAAAGUUCCGCCUCUUGCCCUGCGAGAAAGGCUCAGCCUGCGAGUGGGAUCAAGCCCGCUUUGAGGGUGGUGUGGCACGCUACUCGCGUGUCGACCCCAGUGCAGGCCCUCAGUUCCGCAGCGGGCAAAGUGCAUAUGAGGAGCGCGUGAAACUGAAUGCCCACGAGGCACCGCCGGACACAGCGAAGAUCCCAAUCGCUAUGCCCGGCUCGUUGAACCCCCACGACAGCGACGUGAUCGCCAAGCGUGAUGGAUUUGCAGGAACAUACAAAUCAUCUUCCGUUGCUUCAAUUCCAACCCCCACUAGUGGAACUGAGCUGCAGAACCGAGACGCACCUCGUUCAUCUUUAUCACCCGCUUCGCCUCAGACCGCCGAAGUUGGCAAGGAUUAUCUCCCAGCAGGGAUGAUCAGUAUCCCGUCGCCGAACUACUACCUUCGGCCCGAGGCCAUUGAGUCCGUCUUUAUCAUGUACCGUCUGACUGGCGACGAAUCCUGGCGUCGUAAGGGAUGGCAAAUGUUCCAGGCCAUCACGAAGUAUACCCGCACUGAGCUGGCCCAUGCGGCCAUCAACGAUGUCACAGCCCAGAAACCUAUCCAUAAGGAUACGAUGGAGUCAUUCUGGCUGGCUGAGACGUUGAAGUAUUUUUACCUUUUGUUUAGCGACACUGAUGUCGUCGACUUGGAUAAAUAUGUUCUGAAUACUGAAGCGCAUCCAUUCUUGCGCCCUAUUUCAUAG